CGGAACUUCAUACGUCAAAACCUGUGACCUCACGUCACUGUCACAAACGCAAAGUCUUUUAAAUGACCUAGUCGCAACUGGCGAGUCGCCCUCAAGAAUUAUUUUUGCCAAAACCGCUUUAUUUUGGGGUUUUUUGAAUAAAACAAUCCUGCAAAAUGUUCCGAACGAUUGUUUUUAGAAGUGAAGUGGCCAAAAGUAUUGUCAGAAAGGCAGUAAGAGAUAAUUUAUUGAAAAAUGCCAGUGUACAAUGCACCAAAAGAAGACAUUUUCACAGAAGGUUGGAAACUAGCACUUCUCAGUUGUUAGCCCAUACGAACAAUGUAGAAUUACAAAAAAGGGGUUAUGCUGAUUACCCCUCCCACACCAGGGUGCCUUUGCCGGCCCUUUCGCCCACAAUGGAAGCAGGAACAAUUGUUAGUUGGGCCAAAAAAGAGGGUGACAAGCUCAAUGAAGGCGAUCUCCUGGCUGAAAUCGAAACAGAUAAAGCUACGAUGGGAUUUGAGACACCAGAAGAAGGCUAUUUGGCGAAAAUCCUCAUACAAGCCGGAACCAAAGACGUUCCCAUCGGAAAACUGGUCUGCAUCAUAGUGGAGAACGAAGCCGACAUCGCCAAGUUCAAAGAUUUCAAGGACGACGCCGCCGCGCCGGCCAAACCUGCCGCCGCCCCUUCGGCCCCGUCUCCGGCCGCCCCCGCCCCUGUCGCGCCGACGCCCGCCGCCCCUGCCGUAUCGGCGCCCGCCCCGCAAGACGGAGGUAGAGUAUACGCUAGUCCGAUGGCCAAAAGGUUAGCCGAACAAAGGAACAUCAGGUUGCAAGGUAAGGGAACAGGUCUCUUCGGUUCGAUUACCACCGACGACUUGGCGAAAUUCGGACCCGCUCCUGCAGCUGCGGCCGUAGCCGCCCCCGCCCCGGGCGGCGGCGGCCCGAAGGCGGUGCAAGUGCCCGCAGGCGCCGCCUUCGUGGACAUUCCCGUCACCAGCAUCCGCAACACGAUCGCCAAACGUUUGCUGCAAUCCAAGCAGAAUAUUCCGCACUACUACCUCACCGUCGAGUGCAACAUCGACAAACUCUCCAAGAUUAGGAGCGAUUACAACAAAAAAUUGGAAAAGAGCGGGGUCAAGUUGAGCGUCAACGAUUUUAUCAUCAAGGCGACCGCCAACGCUGCGAAGAGGGUCCCGGAAGCUAACUCUUCCUGGUUGGAUGCCAACAUCCGCCAGUUCAAGAACGUCGACGUCAGUGUUGCCGUAUCUACCGAUAAGGGCCUGAUCACUCCGAUUGUUUUCGAAGCCAACGAUAAAGGCGUGGUUGAGAUCAGCAAGACGGUAAAGACGCUGGCUGCAAAAGCCAGAGAUGGAAAACUUCAACCCCAUGAGUUCCAAGGUGGCACCAUCAGUGUGUCGAACUUGGGUAUGUUCGGCGUUAAAGAUUUCUGCGCCAUCAUUAACCCACCGCAAAGUUGCAUUCUUGCCAUUGGCACCACAACUAAACGGCUGGUUUUGGACGAAAAAUCCGAAAAAGGGUUCAAAGAAAGCACCUUCUUGACCGUGACUCUGAGCUGCGAUCACAGAGUGGUAGAUGGCGCUGUGGGCGCGAAGUGGCUCCAGGUGUUCAAGGACAACAUGGAGGACCCCGUUUCAAUGAUCAUUUAAAUUUCAGCGGCAUCUGUCGGAAAGUCACUAAGUCAUUAAUUUAUUGAAAAGCUGCCGAACUAUUUACUAAAAUAUAAACAACGUUUAUUUGUGUUUUUAUCACUGGUGUGUGUAGGCUCAGAUAGGGUCCAAAAUUUAAUAAAAAUUUUUAGUUUUUUAUUAAGUUUUGGAUGAUCUUUUACACAAUAUCUAGACUCUAGAGCACAUAUAUUUUGUAUUGAAAUUGAAUUGUUAAAAAAAGUACAUGUAGGUAUGUUUACAAGAUUUAUGUGCUCAGAUUUGAAUUUAUUUACAUCAUUUAUAUUAUGUAAUAUGCAUUUACAUCAGAGGGCGGUUAAUUGUUACCUACUCCUUAUUUUAUUGUUAAUGUAUCAUAAAUAUA